CCGAGCUUGGUGUGCAGUGCGUGAGACAGCCACGCUCACCGACGCAGGAUAUGGCGAAGGUGACAUUAAAUCGCGCGGUCGCGGGUAUGAAGGCUUCCAGCGACAGGACUGGUGGCGGCAUUCCCUGGAGGACACGGGAAGGAGCUGGUAACGGCGACGAGGAGGCUGCGGAAUGGGACAAGGAGCGUAUCGUCCUCUCCAACGACUUCACGGCAGUCAAACUGCACCAGCUGGCCAUCACCCUGAGGCCGCUGACCACCGGGGGGAGUGGGGGAAGACCAAUGCUCACUGCUAGCCGUUGGGAGGUUCGAAAAGCGAUCAUGUCCCUGUGUCGCAGUCAGCCGACUAUGUUUGAGAUCGAGGCGACCGACAAGUCGGCGUCGAUCCGAGUAGCCUUUUCCGCGGCGGCGGACGCCGACGCCCUUUCCCGCUCGCUUCGAGGCGUCAGCGUCAAGAUCAAGGGCGUCAAGCUGCACGCGUUCGUCAGGGAGGUGUCGGAGUCGGCGGUGCUGAGCGAGGGGGAAGACUGGGCCGCUUCCACGUGGGGGUCCCGGGUGCUGUCAGCCGACACCGUCACUGGAAGGGAGGCGGCGUUCGACAGCCUCGAGCCCGGCAAACGACCGGACACCAUCGUCCUGAGAGGGAUCCCGGCGAACUGGCUGGGGAGCAGGGGGAAAGCGGCGGAAGGGACAGAGGCCCCGGGUCUCGAGGAAAUCAUGAGUAAGUUUGGCCCCGUACGGGCUGUGGAGGUCCAGCCCAGCGCUCCCAGUGACUCCUCCAUCGACAGCAGCGAUGCCGCCGCUGCGUUCGCCGGUGGCGGCGGCGGUGGCCAGAGGAGCAGCAAGAAGAGCGGGAGACCCUCAGCCGACUUCGACGUCAACGCGCUGCUCGAGAACAUGCCCAAGCCAAGGGCUCUGGCCAAGGACAAGGGUGGUGCCAGCAAGGGGUCAGGCAGCAGGCCAGGCGGCAGGUCAGGCGGCAGCGGCAGCACUGGUCUCGGGCUGGACGGAGACAUCCUCUCGGUGGGGCUGCACGUGGACGCGUGGGUGCAGUUCGCCUCUUUUUGGGGGUUCCAGGGGGCGCUGGAGGCGCUGCGGGCGAAGACGCUGCAGAAGGCGGGCGCGGAGCUGGUGUGCGAGUACCGCCUUGGCGUGGACGCGUCGGGUUUCAUGACGGAGGACCAGCGGCGGGAGAGGGUGAUAGCCCGGGCGGAGAAGGCACGGGAGGAGGAGCGGCGCAAGGCUUCGAUCGAGAAGGCGAGGGGCCAGCUCGCCCUCCUGCGGGAAGGGCUGCAGGGCCUCCGAGACGCGGUGGCGGAGGACGGCCGACCAGCUUUGGAAGACGCCACCAAGCCCACGCUGCAGAAGGUGACGGGCCACGUAGAGGGCGCCGAGGAGUUGCUCGGUGUCCGCGAGGCCUUGGUGGACGAGCCGGCGGCGACGGCCGCGGUCGCUCACGCCAGGGGGGAGGUAGCGAUCGCGAGGCUGUCGGUCCGCAAGGCGAAGGCGGCCGUCGACAGGGCCGAGGAGGAGGAGAGAAUCCGCAUCGAGCGGGAGAAGGACAGGGGGCUCCGCGACGCAGCCCGGGCGACGCUGGUACAGCUGAGAGAGUCCUUAUCGCAGGGCCUCGCCUUGGUGGCGGCAGAGCGGCAGCACAGGGGCAUCAAGCCGCAGGCGGACAGGGGUACGUGGAACAUGUAGGAAAGCAAAGCCCCGCCUGCUUCGCUACAGCGCCUUGUUCUGUUGUUGUUUUUGUCAAUUUCUCGCCGAGCGGGAAGGGACCGAGUUGGAAGGGGUUUACGCGCUCCACGUGCUUACACUGCUCGCUUCCUCGAAGCGUCCCUAAGGUCCUCCUUUGAAGGUGUUCGGUACUGCUUAUCACGGUGAGCGCGGCACCGGUGUGGCGUUGUAGAAGUAAAGACAAAACUCUAUGCGGUAAACCUUGUGUUUCGCAUGCGCAUCCCCGCGGUGGCUUUGGGCCCGGUGGGGGAUCGUGACUCCUACACAGAAACAACACAAGAAAAUCACCUUUCCACUUUCCACGUUACGUCUCGUGAGAAUAUUUUUCUGCAGUCCCUCCUCCGGCCGGAAAGGCUUCGCGGCAGUGGACAGGUCAGGGUGGAACAGCCCGUGGUUCCGGCGUUUUCCGUUCGAAAGCAAAGAAACCCCUUCUCCCUGGCUUCUUCGAUGAUGAUUCGAGAAGUGUGUUGAUCGACGAACGUCUUGGGAGGAGGUCAUCAAGGGUGUCCUAUCGUUCGACCCUGUUGGUUACUGGCACUCGAGGCAUUGCGCCUCCGGUUGGGUGUGUUGCGCCGCCUUGCGCCGUGUCUCGCGCUAUCCGUAUCUCAUCUCUCUGCCUUCGUCCGAUCAAGGCAACAGCUCCUGGAUGCUCUUCUUCCACGACUGCCCUUGUUUCUGCCCCCCCACCAAGCUGUUGACUGGACACAAAAUAUACACGCGUAAAAUAGGCAUCGAUCAAUGAACCGCUGUCGAAGAUCGCCGCACUUUUGCAUGUCUGUAAGACGGUUGUUGGCCGGAGGAUGAGGCCAGGCGUUCCUACUCAUUUCUGGUGCAUGUUUGUUCGUUUCGCAGUUUUUUUUUUUGUGUGUGUGCGUAUGUGUGUCGUUCUUGUUCCCAUCACUCGUUUUCACGACAACUUUCGCGCG